AUGUCCUCCAGCUCGCGCGCGACGCGUCCCGUGUGCUUCCGAUCGCAGUGGAGGGACUCCGGUCUGAGCGCGUGCGUGGCUGUGAGCGGCAUCAGCGACAUCGGCGCCGCCGCCAACCGCGAGAACCAGGACGCGUUCUUCACCUUCUACGACCCCAAGAACGCCGCCUUGGUGGUGGGUCUCUUCGACGGCCACGGCCGAGACACUGGGCAAGACGUGGCCCAGGCUGCCAAACGGUACUUCGAGGCGCAGUUCCAGGGCUACUCGAGCGAAGACUACGCGCGGCUGCAGCGAGACCCGGAGCAGUUUUUCCACGAGCUAUUCGCGUCGUGCCACCAAGCGCUCAAGUACAUGCUGCGCGAUCUCUAUGAGCGAGCGGGCCACUCCGUGGAGGAGCACCAGCCCGACGGGUUCUUGGUGCGCCACAAUUGGCACACCGGAACAGUUGCAAGCGUCCGAGGCGGCACCACAGCGACGAUCGUGGUGGUAUUGGACGGCGGCAAGAAGAUCUACUCCUCUAACGUGGGCGACUCUGCGGCGCUAUUGAUCUCCAUGCAGCCUGCUAUGCGAGUGGGAGAUGUGGAAGUUCACGGGAACGAUGGCGCGGAUGUACACCGGCAGAACUUUCAGUUGCUGAGUGGUGACUCGAGUGAAGACAACAACCAACCGCCAGGAUCCCAACCAAUGUUGGUCCUGUCAGGGAACCACAGUCCUGAAAGUGCCAACGAGUUCUUCCGUGCUCGGUCUGCACGUUGCAGUCCGCUAGACGCUUCAUUACCAGCUCUGCGGUUUGUGUACGACAGCACGGAGCCGAAGAGCCGACGCCUCCCCAUCUUCACCUUGACUAACAACGGCGACUUGCACCGUAACCCACGAGGCGACUACUACAAGAACGUCCGCGACGAAUGGGCAACUGUGGUAGCAACACCAUUCACCUCGUUAUUCCCCGAUGCUCUGGCGUUCACUCGUUCGCUCGGGGACUUCCACAUGCACAGCUACGGCGUUAGCUGCGACCCGACGGUCACGGAGCUGUCGCUCGAGCGCGUCAUGGCCAGACACCUCGGACUCACCACUAUCUCAUCAGACAAUCAGGACGAACAUUGCAGCAGCAGCACAGACAGUGACGGCGACAAAACGAGGUACGCCUCGAACGGUAGCAGCGAGGACCCAAGCGAGGUUACCUUCAUGCUGCUGGUGGCGUCCGACGGCGUGUGGGACAACUGGGCGUUCCACGAUUUACACUCUUUCCUCAGCUCUGUAGCUCGCAACAAGAGUCUGCACCAGCAAAGCGCCGUGCCCGGCGAGUUCGCCCCUGUGGACGCCGUGGUCUCCUCACUGCUGGACGCCAACCUGCAGCGCGCCAGCAGCUACUUUGGCGACCAGGCGGACAACAUGACGGCCGUUCUAUGCAACUUCACCUACAGAAACUGA